AAGUUGGAAGACACGGACGGGGACUUGAGAACCCACAAGCCAGGAGUAGAUAGAAGUUCAACAUUUAUUAAAGCUAUAAAAUGGACUAUUUCUUGACAGUGGUUCCCAACGAGGAGCUCGCUUACCUAGAGCAUUAUUUUCUCCCUCCUUCCCACCCCGGCUCCAAGAUGAUGGUAGAGCCCACUUCCUUUUUUUAAAACUACCGGAGAUUUCGCGAUGGAGGGAGGAGGGACACCCCCAGAAACACUUAAAGAAGAAAGGCAGUCAGGAUGUGUUCCACCUGCAAGUCUUGAGGGCAACAGUUUGAAGAAAAGCAGUUGGGGGUUCUUAUUUACUGGCCUUGUUGGGGGGACGCUGGUGGCCGUGUACGCCGUGGCCACACCGUUUAUAACACCAGCUCUCCGAAGAAUCUGUUUGCCUUUUGUACCUGCGACUGCAAAGCAGAUUGAAAAUGUUGUGAAAAUGUUGCGAUGCAGGAGAGGACCCCUGGUAGACAUUGGUAGCGGCGACGGACGUAUCGUAAUAGCAGCUGCAAAGGAAGGAUUCACAGCUGUGGGUUAUGAAUUAAACCCCUGGCUCGUCUGGUACUCCAGAUACUGCGCUCGGCGGGAAGGGGUGCAGGCGUCGGCCAAAUUUUACAUCUCCGACUUGUGGAAGGUCACUUUUUCGCAGUACUCAAAUGUUGUCAUCUUCGGUGUGCCCCAGAUGAUGCUGCAGUUGGAGAAGAAGCUUGAGCUUGAACUUGAGGACGAGGCUAGAGUCAUUGCUUGCCGGUUCCCCUUCCCACACUGGACCCCGGCCCGGGUCACUGGGGAGGGGAUAGACACCGUGUGGGCUUAUGAUGCCAGUUCUCUCAGGAGAAGUAAGAAAAGGCCCUGAAGAUCCACGCAUUUCCAGUUGGUCAUUCAAAUAUAAACUUUAUCCAGAGAGUUUUCUGAAGUGUUGGGGGUCUUUGAUUUUAUGGAGACUUAAGGCUGUGUCUUCAGCAAAGAGUAUAUUUUUCCUUGUUAUGGAAUGAGAAAUUAUUAUUGCUUUCCUUAACUUUUGGAGAAAAUAAACACGUUGAGGACAGCAGGUAGAUUUAAAGCCCCUUUCAUGGUGUGUUCAAAACAAAUGUGCUUACUGCUUUUCAUGCACUCAGGUGAGUGAAAAUAUGGAUGAGCUGUGGUCAUGUUGAUGGAUGGGAGAGAUGUCAGCAGCUCUUCACAUUAUAAAGAGCAUGCUUUAAUGCCACAGAUGAGAAGAAACAAUUUAAAAAGAGGGAAUGCAUUUGUAAAUGUUUGCAAUUUCCUGUAACUUUAUUCACACUUGAGAUUUAUCUCUUUUUUUCUGUAUUUAGGUCAAAAUUAAUUUUCUAAAGGAUUUAGAGAGGUAUUUUUAUAUAUAUAUAUAAAUUUUUUAAAAAUUUAAUUAAGUUAUUUAUUAAUUUUUGUCUGUGUUGGGUCUUCAUUGCUGCACACAGGCUUUUCUCUAGUUGUGGCGAGCGGGGGCUACUCUUCGUUGUGAUGCGUGGGCUUCUCAUUGCGGUGGCUUUUCUUGUUGUGGAGCAUGGGCUCUAGGCACGCGGGCUUCAGUAGUUGCAGCAGGCAGGCUCAGUAGUUGUGGCUCGCGGGCUCUAGAGCACAGGCUCAGUAGUUGCAGCUCAGGGGCUUAGUUGCCCCGUGGCAUGUGGGAUCUUCCCGGACCAGGGAUCAAACCCAUGUCCCCUGCAUUGGCAGGUGGAUUCUUAACCACUGCUCCACCAGAGAAGCCCAGUAUUUAUAUUUUAUAACACUUAUU